AUGACCAUUGGUUACCAAUUUAAAUCCUCCUUCACUAUAAAUUCUGAAUCUUCUUAUCCUUGUGAUGAAUCUCUUCUGAAAACAGCAACAUGGAAAUAUGGGACUGAUUGCUGCUCAUGGCAUGGUGUCACAUGCGACACCACUUUUGGUCGCGUGAUUGGCCUCAACCUUGGCUGUGAAGGCCUCCAAGGUAUAUUCCAUCCUAAUAGUACUCUUUUCCAUCUUGCUCAUAUUCAAAAACUCAACCUUUCUUACAAUGAUUUCACUGGCUCCCAUUUUCAUGCUAAGUUUGGUGGGUUUCAGAGUCUUACACAUCUUUACUUGUCUGGUAGUUUCUUUAAAGGUAAAAUUCCAACUCAAAUCUCACACCUUUCCAAAUUACAAUCACUUCAUCUUUCUGGGUAUUUUGGUUAUGUUUUAGUUUGGAAAGAGACCAUCUUAAAGAGGCUUUUGCAAAAUGCAACAAAUUUACAGGAGUUGUUUUUGGAUUAUACAAAUAUGUCUUCUAUAAGACCAAACUCCAUUGCUUUGCUUUUCAACCAAUCUUCCUCUUUGGUUACUCUAAAUCUUAAAUCAACAGGAUUAAGAGGAAAAUUCAAAAGGAGCAUUCUUUGUUUACCAAGUAUUCAAGAAAUAGAUAUGUCAUUUAAUGAUGAACUUCAAGGCCAACUUCCGGAAUUGAGCUGUAGCACUUCUCUUAGAAUAUUGGAUUUGUCAGCUUGUGGAUUCGAAGGGGAAAUUCCUACUAUGUCUUUUUCUAACCUUACAUAUCUUACCUCUCUAACUCUCUCAUAUAACUACCUAAACGGGUCAAUCCCAUCAUCACUUAUAAAACUUCCACGUCUAACUUACUUAGAUCUUUAUACGAACAAACUCAAUGGUCGAAUUCCAAAUGCAUUUCAGACAUCAAACAAAUUUCAAGUAUUAGAUUUUAGUUAUAACAAAUUUGAAGGAGAAUUGCCAACAUCACUUUCAAACCUUCAACAUCUCAUUCGCUUGGAUCUUUCAUACAAUUCAUUUAGAGGUCAAAUCCCAGACGUGUUCGGUGGGAUGACCAAAUUGCAAGAACUCGAUCUAUAUUUUAACAAAUUAGAAGGACAGAUUCCAUCUUCGUUAUUUAAAUUGACUGGUCUUAAGUUGUUAUAUUGUUCUAAUAAUAAAUUAGAGGGUCCUUUACCUAACAAAAUUAUAGGGUUCCAAAAGCUAACUGAUUUAAGUUUACAUGACAACUUGUUAAAUGGAACAAUUCCUUCCUCUUUGUUAUCUUUGCCUUCUUUGGUAUAUUUAUAUCUAUCUAACAAUCGACUUACAGGAUCUAUCAGUGCAACCUCAUCAUAUUCCUUAGAGAGUUUAAAUCUAUACAACAACAAGCUACAAGGCAAUAUUCCAGAAUCCAUUUUCAAUCUUACAAACCUAACUAAUCUAAUUCUAUCUUUAAACGACUUGAGUGGUUUUGUCAAUUUUCAACACUUUUCCAAACUUACAAAUCUUCGAUUUUUAUCCCUUUCAUGGAAUACUCAAUUGUCACUAAACUUCGAAUCCAAUGUCAAUCAUAGUGUUUUUUACCUUGACGAAUUGGAACUGUCUUCCGUAAAUUUGAUCAAAUUUCCCAAAUUGCAAGGAAAAUUCCCGAAUUUGGAUUAUCUUGAUCUUUCCAAUAACAAACUUGAUGGAAGAAUGCCCAAUUGGUUAUAUGAAAAAAAUUCAUUGAAGUUUUUGAACCUCUCUCAAAACUAUUUCAUGUCAAUAGACCAAUGGAUUAACGUCAAUAGAUCCAAUGGUUUGUCAGGCCUUGAUCUUAGUGAUAAUUUACUGGAUGAUGAAAUACCUUUGGUUGUUUGCAAUAUCAGUUCACUUGAAUUUCUCAACUUGGGAUACAACAAUUUGACUGGUAUCAUUCCACAAUGUCUUGCUGAAUCAACAUCCCUUCAAGUUUUGAAUCUACAAAUGAAUAGAUUUCAUGGCACUUUGCCAAGUAACUUUUCAAAGCAUAGUAAAAUUGUCUCUCUAAACCUCUAUGGCAACGAGUUAGAAGGUCGUUUUCCGAAAUCUUUGUUCCGGUGUAAAAAGUUGGAGUUUCUAAACCUCGGGGUCAACAAAAUAGAAGACAAUUUUCCGGAUUGGCUUCAAACAAUGCAGGAUUUGAAAGUGUUGGUUUUGCGAGACAACAAGUUGCAUGGUUCCCUUGUCAAUUUAAAAAUCAAGCAUUCAUUUCAAAGUUUAAUCAUUUUUGAUAUCUCAGGUAACAAUUUAGGUGGUUUUCUACCAAAAGCCUAUUUAAGAAAUUAUGAAGCCAUGAAGAAUGUUACUCAAGUGGAUGGGGAUAUUAGUUUGCAAUAUCUACACAAGUCGUAUGAAAAAUUCGACGCGGGAUAUUCAGAUUCUGUGACUGUGGCAACAAAAGGGAUUCAAAUGAAAUUGGUGAAAAUUCCAAUAAAGUUUGUAUCUAUUGAUUUUUCAAGAAACAAAUUUGAAGGAGAGAUUCCAAAUGCUAUUGGAGAGCUUCAUGCACUCAAAGGGCUUAACCUUUCCCACAACAGACUUACCGGUCAUAUUCCCAAAUCCAUAGGAAACUUGACAUACUUGGAAUCUCUGGAUCUUUCCCUGAAUAUGUUAACCGGUGUGAUUCCUGCGGAAUUAACCAAUUUAAACUUUCUUGAAGUCAUGAAUCUUUCCAAUAACCAUUUGGUGGGAGAAAUACCUAGAGGAAAGCAAUUCAACACAUUUACAAAUGAUUCCUAUGAAGGAAACUUGGGGUUAUGUGGAUUUCCCUUGUCAAAGAGAUGUGGACUUGAACAACAUUCUCCACCUUCACCCAACAAAAACUUUUGGAGUGAAGAGAAAUUUGGAUUUGGAUGGAUACCGGUGGUAAUUGGAUAUGGAUGUGGAUUUCUGAUUGGAAUAGGCAUUGGAUAUUGUAUGUUUUUAGUUGGAAAGCCUAGAUGGCUUGUGAUGAUAUUUGGCGGUCAGCCUAAGAGAAAGGUGAAAAAAAGGACAAGAAUGAGGAGGAAUCAUGGUACAGCCAUGAAUCAGAAUCAGAAUCAGAUGAUGCAAAUGUCAUAG